UGUGUUCAGUAUUUUAUGAAACAUAAAUUUUAUCGCGAUAUACGUGCUUCAUAUUCAUUCAAGUUCAUUUAAGAUGCGUUUUCUAUGUGUGUUAAUAUCGAUAUUAUAUAAAAUUGCAAACGGUCAUGAUUCUUCGGAAGUAACAUUAACAACUGCGAAAUUGCAGAAGACUAUUUCCCCAAAGCCCACGACAUUGUAUAAAAGAAUAAAUGUUGAAAUAUAUCAUUAUGAAGGGGCUGCCACAUUGUUAGAUUUAGUUCGUCUUGUGGAUACAAGGCGCAAAAAACAUAACAAAAGAUAUUCGUAUAUAUGGAACUGGGAUCACUGGUGUCAUCUCCAACCGAUAAGAGGAUAUUGUAAAAAGUCGCUAAAUAGAUUUUAUUACGAUGCACAGUUAGAUCAGUGUUUGCCAUUUAUAUACACUGGCUGCGAUGGUAACAAAAAUAAUUUUGAAACACGUUUGGAAUGUGAAAGGCAUUGUAAAGGAAUUAUUUACGUCAAUGUUAAGCAUCCUACGCAACCAGCGGCUUGUUUUCUACAACCUGACACAGGUUACUGCUUGGCUCUUAUACCUAAAUAUUACUAUGACAUCAAUGAAAAAACUUGUAAGAAAUUUAUGUAUGGAGGCUGUGGUGGAAAUCAAAAUAAAUUUGACACAAUGUUCUCAUGCAUGAGAGCAUGUUCUGUUGUAGUAGUUUAG